AUGGUAUCAUCAGCAGCUAGCUUAUCAAAGAUGACAAAUAUCUUAGAGAUGUUUCCCUUUGAGAUAAAGGUCUUAUUCCUUGAACAAUACUUGGUUGAAACAGAUGAUAUAUUGAACUAUUUACAGGUUGUUCCUUCGAUGAAUUCCCAUUUUAAAGCUAAUUUCAGGGUGGUUAGUGAUAAAAUUAAUCACACAAAAUACAAUAUGUUACCAGAAGGUUGUUUGAUAUCCCAUGGGAACUCCAAUGAGCUAGCCAAUGCUUUGAGAGAACCUCAAAAGUUUAAGGGUCUUGUCUUAAUGGAAUGUCAUGACUAUGGAAAUAUUGCACAAUUUUAUCUUGAUAAUGAUUUGCAGAAUUUUCUCGAAGCAGUUCAUGAACAAACAAUAUUCAGAUAUACCUUUUAUGGGUCAUACCGCUUCUCAAUCUUGCCUGAUGCAAUGCUGAGGGAGUUUCUAGACUUUGAUUUGAAUCAUAGAAUAUCUCAUAUUAAUUUUCCAGAUGUUGAGGUAUUACCUUCAUUCCAUCACUUACCAAAUACAAAAAUUGCAGUCAAUUUUCGAAAAUUGAAAGAAGUUAAGUAUAUGUUGUCCGAAAAUUUUGCUCAGACUUUUUGUUUCAAUAUUGAAUAUUCUAGAGCUCUGGAAUCUUUAUCACUUGUGAAUUUACACGAAGAAUUCACAUUACCCAAAUCGUUUAGGUUUCCAAAGAGCUUAAAGCUUGUUUCAUCUGCUUCACAUCCUAUGGAUUUCAAAUCUCAAGGGCUAUUGAAAUCUCAAUGGAUUCAAAAUUUAGAAUACUUAUCGCUUGAAGAUUCAAGAGAUAGGCAUCCAACCACCAUUUCAAUGAUUGAUUUGAACUUCCCGAAAUUGAAAGAGUUCAAAUUGGGCCCCUGGCUAAAUAAUGGAAUCACUUUUCAAAAUUUCACCGCAGACUCAUUAAUAAAAUUUUCUAUUUGUUCAUCAAGAACUGAUGUGACUAUUAAUGGCUUUAGGGCACAAAAUAUUGAAAAUUUUGAAAUACUAGCAAAUUCGUUUAUCUCCAAAGGGUUUGAAAAUAUCACCAAUUUGGAUUAUUUUAAAGUUGAUUUGCAACAACCACCGAUGUUCUAUUUUGAUGAAGAUGCUAAAGAAUACAACGACUGGUCUUUUCUAAGCAUGGCUAGGAAUGGAUCAAUUACAAGACAUCAACAGAUUUUACAAUGGUUGGAAAUGGUUAAUCUAGAGCAAUUAGAAUUGUUGGAGGUUAACUUUGUCUCAUUAUUUUUUGACAAAGAUAAUAAUGCCCGAUUUCCCUCGUUGACAACCCUUCAUAUAGACGGAUAUUCUCAUGGUGCAUAUGCAGUAUUUUCUAAACUAGAUGCUCCCUUCAAUUUUAAUGCUCCACAGCUCAAGUUCUUACACUUUGGAUGUGAAUUAUUUUUUAAAAACUUAUAUACAUACAUCAGUCAAAUUUUUCCCAAACUUGCUGAGCUGAGUGUAUCUUAUAAAGGUAAUGGAUCACAUUCUAUGAAACCUGGACCUUUAAAGAUCAAUACUACUGCAGUUUUUGAAAAUCUUGAAAGUCUAAAGCUUAAAAUGUGUGAGCGUCCAAUAAUACUAUCAAAAUGUGGAUUUCCUAAACUGAAAACUUUGCAAUUAAUCAAUAAUGGUCAUCCCUUUAAGCAACUCGAAUUCAAGAAGGUAAUUGCUCCAAAAUUGAAUGAAUUAACCAUCGAAAAUUACAGUAUUUCAUCAGUUGGUCCAUUUACAAAUAGGAUAUACCCAAAAUUAAAAUCAAUCAUAAUAAAGAACUGUCAAGUAACUUCAGGAAUCGAGAUUUUACCUUUUAGAGUUUUGAAAAAUGUCGAUGUCAAACUUGUAUACUCAAACAUUUCAUAG